AAGACAACCCGUUAGUGAUCUUUGUGCAUUCCCAAGACUGUCAAGCAUAUAACUAUGUUUUCUGGAAUGAUGCAUCUAAGGAGCGAGUCGAACAUGAGUGCCACCGACCCACGUUCUACGUGUAGAAUGAUAAUCAUAGUCUCUAGGAUGGCAGGUUCCGUCGUAUUGGCGUGGUGACGGAGCCAUGCGACAGAGUCCAUGAAGGAUUUCGGAACAUACAGUGAUUGUCACCUUAAGGGGUGUCUUUGGACGAUGACUGGUGUUUGUUGGCUAGAGGGAAGGUCGCGACACGCCAAGAAUGUCAUAAGAUGAGGCUAUUCGGAACAACCCCGGCCCCACGGACCGAGCUCAACAUCAUCGCGUCCAGCACUCUGACUUUGAUCAACAAAGUUGUAUCACCAAACUACACCCACGUAUCCUGCGAAUCGGCUCCAUCAACAGACGCCUAGUAAUCACCUUUGCAUAUCCAGACACAGCACCACGAGGCGCAAAGAUGCCGCAACCACCAUCCCGCGCCGUCUCCUCUAAAGACCUUCCUCCCUCGGUUGAAAGCGCCUACUACAGGAAAUGCAUCGACCUCCGCCGCCGUAUAACCGACAUCGAAGAGAACAAUGACGGCACGCGCCUGCGCAUCACACGCCUGAACCGCGGGAUUCAGAAGAUGCGUCUUGAGCGCGCAUUUCUUCUUGAGCAGCUCAACAAACACAUGGAGUACAACGUCGACGACAGCGAUCGCAGCAGCAGCCCACCGCCCACUCCAACAGACAAGCCAUUGAGAAGCAAAAGGAGCCACAAUAGGAAGGGCACACCUCCCCUUGGCGGCAGUGCUGAGGGAGGAGCCGGUGAGAGGACAGCCAUGAGCGGGGAGGGCAGACUGGGAUUGGGAGCCCUGUCGCAUGGCAUGAACCCCAUGAGUAGUGCUCAGAGUACCCCGGACCCAUCAGGGCGUCCCCAGAACAGCUACUUCGGUACCAUCGGCGCCCCCACGGCGACAAGCCCACACACCGGUGCAAACGGCGCACCUCCUACACUUCCUCCCCUUCACUCGCUCCCACCGCUGCAGCCACAGCAGCAGCAGCCAGCACCCGCCCAGCGCGCAUACUUCGACCCAGCCUAUGACGAGCAACGCCCCACACCCGCUAGCAACGAGGAGGCAGCCGCCCGUCCACGCGCGUACUCAGGUGCUGCCCAGCAACCACCGACGACCGAUUCCGCGCCUCCUCCGCCGCAGAACGGCGACACCGAGAUGACCGACGUAAGCUUCACAGCUGUCAACCGCUAGGAUGGUUAUAGCCUGGGUAGUGGAUGGCGUCGAUUGUAAUAACGCUGGAAAGUUGGCAAGGAAAACACCGAAGUGAUAGCAAGGCGUUAGGGCACAUUUGAGCUUCUGUACAGACUUUCGGUAUCUGUAUGCAACAUUUGUAAUUGUUGUUUCUUUCCCGGGUUCAGGGGAUUGUGUAUUAGUACAGGUGUCUACCGACUAAAAUUGUGGGCACAAAGCAGGGCGAGAUUUCCAUGCAUACUUGAUUAACAAAGCUCGCUAGGGUGAACAUGAUCAUGUCCGUGUUUGUGUGAACGUAUUACUUGAACCUGAAGCAGUACGGUCCGUUGGGCAGAGCAAGUUGGGAAGAUUGUUUGGGUUCAGUAUCAUUUGUAAUGUGGAGCCUGUGUCAAGAACAU